AUGUACUCUAACUAUCAUCCUAAUUCUUCAAAGGGUUCAUUAGUUCGCGUGAAAAAACGAAAGCUCAUAUUAGAACAGAAGAAGAAAUCUUUGUUGAAAGUCAAAUCAUCUUUACUGGUUCAGUGCUGUCAACAAUUCUUAGCUGAUUUACGAAAGCCAGGUGCACGAUUUUUAUCUUAUACAUCGGUAGAACUCGAACCCAUUUGUCAUCAACUCGCUAUUCAACAAAUGGCAAUGUCAUCAUCAUUGGCUAUAUCUUGUCCAUGGAUAUGUUCCUUCUGCGAAGAUCUUAUCUAUGAACCAUUGACACUUUACUGUGGUCAUACAUAUUGCGAACAAUGCAUUAAAGAUUUAGAAGAUACAUCAAUCGACUGCCCGCGUUGUCCGAAAAAUAUUCAAGGACAGAUUACAUCAUCGAUUCGGUAUGCAAUUGACCAUCGGUUCAGUCGAAAUCAUUUUCUCAAGGAAAUAAUUGAACGCAUAAAAACCUUAGAAUUCAAAUGUGAAAACAUUCGACUGUACCAACAAGCACGAAAUGAAUGUAUGCGUGAAAACUAUCAACAAGCGAUCGAGAUUUAUUCUCAGAUCACCACGAAAUAUGACAAUGAAUAUUUAGCAUUUUAUGGCCGAGCAAAAACAUAUAUAAAAUUGAAACAAUUCGAUAAAGCAUUAACUGAUAGUGAACACGUUAUUCGAUUAAAACCAUUCUGGAAAAAAGGUUAUUAUUGUCGUAGUCAAAUCCUAUUUGAAACGAAGCGUUUUACGUCAGCAUUAUUGUUGUCAUUACAAGGACUCACUAUUGACCCCGACGAUCAAAUAGGAAAACAAAUAAUGGCUCAACAUCUUCAUGCAGUUUUACAUAAUAAUGAUCAACCGGAAGAUACAUUUCCGAUAGAAAUACGUUCAUCCCCAGUCAUACCAAAUGACACAUCGACAAUCGUAACUAAUUCUGGUAUAUGUGAUACUAAAUUACUUACAUGUCGUUCAACGUCGACAAGUUCCUGUUUUUGUUCAUUAGCUGAUCACAAACAAUUGUCCGUCAAAGAUUUCGAAUGUUCUAUAUGUGUUAAUCUAUUGUGGCUACCGAUGACAACACCUUGUGGACAUGUUUUCUGCCGAGAGUGCCUAAUUCGUUCGAUUGAUAAUACGCAAGCUCAAUGCCCAAUGUGCAAGAAUUCAUUGGACGAAUUUUUUCCAUUACUGAUUCAAUCUUAUGUGAACACGACGGAAAUUAUUUCGAAAAUAAUUGAAAGUUUUUUUCCGGAGGAAUAUCGAGAACGACAAGCUCUACAUGAACAAGAAAAUAUCGAUGGAAUACUAAUUCCAAAAUUAUUGUCAAAUAAUACUGACGCAUCGAUCGUAUUCGAAAUUCCAAUAUUUGUCUGUGUAUUACCUUUGCCGUUUUGUUCUUGUCCAUUACAUGUAUUCGAGCCACGUUAUCGAUUGUUGAUCCGACGAACAAUGUCUACGCAAUCUAGAACGUUCGGCAUGUGUACAUACGACGAAGAAACAGAAAUGUUUACUGAUCACGGAACAUUGUUAUACAUUCGUGGCCUUGUAUAUACUCGCGAUGGACGUUCCAUUGUGGAUACUAUUGGUCGACGACGUUUUCGUGUUAUUGAUCGAGGAAUGAGAGAUCAAUACUACACAGCGCGUGUUCAACUUAUACGAGAUCAUCCGAUCGAACAAGAAGACUUUGAUGAUCUGUCUGAACUGAAUCGUAGUACCUAUUCAGAUGUUCGUCAUUGGUUUGACCAACUCGGCACACAUCGACAAGAAUUAAUCUCUCGUCAAUUAGAAGAAUAUCCAUCAUGUGACGAUUUCACUCGUGAUUCAACGGAUGGACCUAGUUGGGCUUGGAAAAUAUUGAAUGUUUUGCCAAUUGAAUCCCAACUUCAGUACACGGCAUUCAUUUCUCAAUCUUUGCGUACACGUUUACAAAUAAUCAAAGAUACGAUCGAUUUUCUACAAAAUCAAAUUCAACCUGCAACAGUUUCUACGAAUAAUGAUUCCUAA